UGCCAGGAGAAGUGGGCGUGGCCGGCUCUGCGCUUGCUGCUGUGAGAGGAGGAAAGAUGGCGGAGGAGGAGAAGCUCCCCGCAGGCUGGGAGAAGCGCAUGAGCCGCAGCUCCGGACGUGUUUAUUAUUUCAACCACAUCACAAAUGCCAGCCAGUGGGAGCGCCCCACUGGGAACAGCAAGAACGGACAAGGGGAGCCGACAAAAGUGCGAUGUGCUCAUCUCUUGGUGAAACAUAAUCAGUCUAGGAGACCCUCAUCAUGGAGGGAGGAUAAGAUCACCCGGAGCAAGGAGGAGGCCCUGGAACUAAUUAAUGGCUACAUCCAGAAGAUUAAAUCUGGUGAGGAAGACUUUGAAUCCUUAGCAUCACAAUUCAGUGACUGCAGCUCGGCCAAGGCAGGGGGAGACCUGGGUACUUUUGGAAGGGGACAAAUGCAGAAACCUUUUGAAGAUGCCUCAUUCGCACUGAGGACCGGUGAGAUGAGCGGACCAGUAUUCACAGAUUCAGGGAUCCAUAUCAUCCUACGUACGGAGUAAAAGUGCCUUGGUGCGACACACUUGGCAAGGAAAGGGUGGCGGGAAAAAGGAACAAGAGAACCUUUAUUCCAAUCCUCUUGUGCGCUCUCUAUCCCCAAACAAACUCCAUAUCUAGCUUUCUUAUUUUAUAAAAAAACGCUUGUUUCAUAUCUCAAUACUUCUUUGACACCUUGAUGCAAUGUUUUCCCCCACCUGUAGCGAUGCAUGGUUAACAGAGUCUGAAAACACAAUCGAAGCAAGGAGACAGUAGCAUCUUUCAUAGGCCCAGCAUGGAGGAUAUUUUAAAGAAGAAGUAACUAAAUCUUCAGCCACUUGAGUUUGAUAUUGACCGUUCCUCCAGUUCAGGAGACACUUGUGUAUUCAGGGUUAUACUUCAAUGCUUUGCUCCACAUUCAACUCAGAAAAGAGUUAUUUAUUAUAGGGCUCCACUGAUGGUGGCAAACUUAGCUCUUGGUGUUUUAGAUAGAGUCAAAAUCUCUUCCACUAAUGUCUGUCCUUGUUUAAGGUAAAAAAGUAAUAUAAUCUCCCCCCAUACCCCAUGCUCUCUUGCCCAGAGUUCAGCACCAUUUGCUUUCCAAAUGGCAAAUCAUUGUUAAAUUGUUCUUGAAUACUUUACAAGGGCUGUUCUUCUGCAGCAUCACCUGACAGACUCCCAUUAAGGUAGCAAACGCCAAUGUGUGGAGGCCUAACUGAGCUGUGAGAGUGCACCAAUGGAGCCCACCAGGCCCUCCUAUUUACUUCCAUAAAGGGGAGGUUUCCAUGCAUGUGGAGGGAUGUGAAUUCCCUCUGUUGCAUUGUCCUGUCUAAUGAAAUGAAUGGGGGUGGACUUCAGUGUGGACCUCUGCCCAGAAGCCUGAUUUUUAAUUUGUUGUGUGUUGGCUGCAGGUAUGCCUUCAUGUUGACUUAAAACUUGAAGAUGCCUUUUUAGACAAGUAAAGACAUUAGCCAUUGGUACCCUUCUCAUACAGCUUCUCUCCUCCCCCAAGUUUAUAUCCAUGUAAAAUGACAUUAGGAUAAGCUGUAUGUUAACCAUUCUUGUGUAUGGGUUGUGUAUGUUGAAACGCCAUCCCAAGGGAGGGCAAUUAGAUGUAGGCUUCCAGGUUUUUGUUUUUGUUUUCUCUCUCUCUUGUUUAAGAAGCAGGUCAUGAUCUGUUUGCGGUUUAAGAAAACACUGUAAAGUCAAUUUUUCAGUUAUGCUUUAUUGCUUUCUGUUUAGCAAAAUCAAUACGAUUCCCACAAGUUCCUAGCUUUUUGGUCUGAUACAAACAAGCUUUGUGUAUAUAAAUGUAUAGAGAGAGUGUUCCAGUUCUCUUAUGCAAGAAAAAUAAAAAACCCUCACCAAUUAAAUAUCA